GGCAACGCUCUUUGCUUUUCACGCAGUUGUUUUUCUUAGUUUAUCAGGCGUUAAAGUGAUCAAAAUGCCUCCUGAGAAGGUGACUUUGCCAACUGUCCCAGAGGUGCUCCUGAAGAAGAGGAAGCGCCGUGUGCAGUCUGCCUUCAAGCGCAAUGCUGUGUACCACAAGAAAGCGGCACUGACUCGUGCCCGCCAUGCUGAGGCCUUCAAGCGUGCUGAGCGCUACGCCAUAUUCUACCGUCGCAAGGCUAAGCAAGAGGUUCAUCUGAACCGGCUGGCCCGGGCCGAGGGCCGCGUCCGAGUGCCUGCUGAGCCCAAGCUUGCCUUUAUCAUCCGCACUAAAGGUAUCAACUGCAUGCCCCCAAAAGCCAAGAAGAUUUUGCAGCUCUUCAGAUUGCGCCAGAUCAACAAUGGCGUUUUUUCAAGGAUCAACAAGCCUGCCCUGAAUAUGUUGCAUCGCAUCGAGCCCUACGUCACCUGGGGCUACCCCAACCUCAAGAGCGUCAGAGACCUCAUCUACAAGAGAGGUUUCUGUCGUAUCAAAGGCAAGCGCGUCCCUCUUAUCAACAAUGAAAUGAUCGAAAGGCGUCUGGGCAAGUUCGGCAUCGUGUGCAUGGAAGAUUUGGUGCAUGAAAUCUACACCGUCGGCCGGUUCUUCACUCUUGCAAAUAGCUUCUUGUCCACGUUCAAGCUGAACAACCCUGCUGGUGGAUGGCGAAGGAAGUCCAAUCACUACGUCAAUGGUGGUGACUAUGGUAACCGUGAGAACCAAAUCAACAAGCUCCUGAGGAAAAUUGUUUAAAUUCCUCAAUAAACUUGCUGGACUCGGGA